CAUUUUUCAUUCUCGGAAGAACCUUUUUUCAUCACCGCAAAAAUAUUUUCCAACAGAUUGUGGUUAAAUUUAUUAAAUAAUUUACAUUAAAACAACUAAUUACUUACAAAACCAUCUUAUUAAACUGUUUAUUAUGUAAACUAACAGAAAAUUCUUAUAGUUUUCUUACAAAAUUCAAUUGAAAAGAAGAAUUCUAUUCAAUUCCAAACUUUGAAGGGUGCAUAGAAAAGCAAAACAAAAAAUAAUAGAAUUACCGAUAAGUGCGUGUGGUGUGAUUCAACACAAAACAAAAAAAAAAUUCCAAUAAUAAAAAAGAAAAACAUUUCUUAUUUCAAUGUUGUGAAAUAAAUUAACUACAAAUGGUUUAAAAUUGUAUCGAAUUUUUAUUAUAAAACAAAAACAUAAAAAAAAGAUAAAAAAAAGAAAAUUUAGCGGCGUGGGGCGGUAAUCAAAUCACACCUCAAAGUGGAUGCCCGGAGUAGCCUGGGUGUUCCCCAGGAUUAUUCAGGAAUGGUUGGUCUUGCUGGUGGUGGACAUUUGUAUGCAAAUGUCUCACCACAAGAUACAAUCAUUGUUCGUGAAAUGAAUUCAAUGCCUCCGCCCCCGACAUCGGCGCCAACAUCCGCUGACGCAUGCUUGAGCAUUGUGCAUUCGCUAAUGUGUCAUCGGCAAGGUGGCGAGAGCGAAGGAUUCGCCAAACGCGCAAUUGAAUCGUUGGUCAAGAAACUCAAAGAGAAACGAGACGAAUUGGAUUCAUUGAUAACAGCGAUAACAACAAAUGGGGCACAUCCUAGCAAGUGUGUGACAAUACAAAGAACACUCGAUGGCAGGUUACAGGUUGCAGGUCGCAAAGGUUUCCCUCAUGUCAUAUAUGCUCGCAUCUGGCGUUGGCCGGAUUUGCAUAAAAACGAAUUGAAACACGUCAAAUACUGUUCAUAUGCGUUCGAUCUCAAAUGCGAUUCAGUUUGUGUGAAUCCAUACCACUACGAGCGUGUUGUGUCGCCAGGAAUCGAUUUAUCUGGCUUGAGCCUGCAAUCGGGUCCAAGUCGAAUUGUCAAAGAUGAAUACUCGGCUGGUCCAGUGGUGGGCGGUGGUGGUGGCAUGGACAUCGAUGGCAAUGAUAUCGGUACAAUACAACAUCACCCGUCACCACUGGGUCCCCAAGGCUAUGGCUAUCCUCAGGGAUCUGUGCCUGAUCCAAGUCAAAUGAGUGCAAUGUUCUCGGGACGAACUAUACCAAAAAUUGAACCGACCGAGGGUCCGCGGAGUCCAUGGAUGGCUCCUCCUCCUCGGUUGGCACCGCAUCCGCUCUCGGUUUCACACGUUAUGCCUUUGCAAGGUCAAGGGUCAAUGAACCCUGCCUCUGUGAUGCCUCCACCGCCGCCUCAAGCACAAUCAACGCAAUCAACACAGUCGUCUCUGCAGGUGAGUUUGUCCGGUGGUGGAGGCGGCGGUGGUGGUGUCGCCUCUGACGGCUCCAGCCAUCUGGGGCAAACAUCACCCACAGAAUCGAGCCAACAAUCUCAGAGUGGUAGUGGCAGUGGUGGCGGUGGAGGCAGCAGUUCCUCUGUUGGUUCCGGACAGGGAUCCUACUAUGGACAAACGAGUUCAUCACAAAUGCCAAAUGCUGAGGGUAAAUUUGGCACGUCUCUAAAUAAUGUUGGCGCCUCUUCGGGUUCGCCACAUAUGCAGCAAAACGGUUAUGUGACAAUGGCUAGUCAACAGCCGAACACACUGCAAACGCAGACAUACACUCAACCGCCACCGCAGGGCGUGGGGGGCGGGGUUGCGGCUGCUGCUGCCCAGGGAACAUGGACGGGUUCAAGUACACUCACGUAUACACAGUCAAUGCAACCUCCAGAUGUUCGUUCACACCAUGGAGGCUAUUGGAAUGCACCAAUUUCGGGUGAUAUGACUGGACAACCAAGACUGUUGUCACGUCAGCCUGCACCUGAAUACUGGUGUUCCAUAGCGUACUUCGAAUUGGACACUCAGGUGGGAGAGACGUUCAAAGUGCCCUCAUCGAAGCCAAAUGUUAUUAUCGAUGGCUAUGUUGAUCCUUCGGGUGGGAAUAGAUUCUGUUUAGGAGCUCUAAGUAAUGUUCACAGAACGGAGCAAAGUGAAAGAGCUCGAUUACACAUUGGAAAAGGCGUUCAGCUUGAUUUACGUGGCGAAGGCGAUGUUUGGCUGAGAUGUCUGAGUGAUAAUUCGGUAUUUGUUCAAAGCUACUAUCUGGACAGAGAAGCCGGACGAACUCCUGGCGACGCAGUUCAUAAAAUUUAUCCUGCAGCUUAUAUAAAAGUAUUCGACCUGCGACAGUGCCAUCAACAAAUGCAUUCACUUGCAACAAAUGCUCAAGCAGCUGCUGCAGCACAAGCAGCAGCUGUAGCUGGGUUACCUAGUACACAGCUUGGUGGAGCACCAAGAGGUAUUACAGCGGCUGCAGGCAUUGGUGUCGAUGACCUGCGUCGUCUAUGUAUUCUACGUUUAAGUUUCGUUAAAGGCUGGGGACCUGACUAUCCACGACAAUCGAUCAAAGAGACCCCUUGCUGGGUAGAAGUGCAUUUACAUCGCGCCCUACAGCUGCUCGAUGAAGUUUUGCAUGCAAUGCCUAUUGAUGGCCCUCGAGCGAUUUCAUAAAUCCACUAAGAGUCAUUCUCUUACACUCACAUCAACAAAAAAAAAAAAAUAAUAAUAAAA